CUCUUCUAAGGGUCCAAACGACGACGUUUAGUCGUAUCUGUUUCCUAAUCUCGAGUUAACAUGCACGCUCAUUUACAUCGUCUUCCUCCCGGCAAUUCCAAUUCAUACGAUUCUCUGAAUCUCCGUAUGUAAAUUGUUAAUAAUUACUCAAUAAAUAGUAGAUCUCAUAAUUUUGUAUACAUAAAUGGCUUCAAUCUCUUCAAAUCCUCGAACGGUAGAGGAGAUCUUCAAAGAUUACAGCGCUCGUCGUGCCGGGAUCGUUCGUGCUUUAACUGACGAUGUAGAUGAAUUUUAUGGGCUCUGUGAUCCAGAGAAGGAGAAUUUGUGUCUAUAUGGACAUUCGAAUGAAACUUGGGAAGUCAAUCUACCAGCAGAGGAAGUUCCGCCUGAGCUUCCUGAGCCAGCACUUGGGAUCAAUUUUGCAAGGGAUGGCAUGAAUCGUAGAGAUUGGCUUUCACUCAUUGCUGUGCACAGUGACUGCUGGCUGCUCUCUGUGGCUUUCUAUCUUGGUGCUCGGCUUAACCGAAAUGAGAGGAAGCGACUGUUCAGCUUGGUGAAUGAUCUGCCUACAGUCUUUGAAGUCGUGACUGAAAGGAAGCCAGCAAGAGAGAAGCCCAAUGCAGAAAGCGGAAAUAAAUCCCGUGGCAGUACAAAGAGAUAUAGUGAUGGUCAAGCUAAAAGCAAUCCAAAACUGGCAGAUGAGAGUUACGAGGAAGAUGAAGAUGAGCACAGUGAAACGCUAUGUGGUAGCUGUGGAGGAAAUUACAGUGCAGAUGAGUUCUGGAUUGGCUGUGACAUCUGUGAAAGGUGGUACCAUGGGAAGUGCGUGAAGAUAACUCCUGCAAAGGCUGAAAACAUAAAGCAAUACAAAUGCCCGUCUUGCAUGAAGCGAGGCAGACAGUAGUGGUAACUAAAUCGAUUUGGUGGCCGAUUAAGUAGAAUACGAUGUCACAUUUCUAAUGUUUGUAGUGGAUCUCUCUCUCCUGUUUGUUUGUUCAUAACAGAUGAUUGCAAAGGGAAUGAUGUCUGGUUUCGUCUCGAAUAUUAUGGCUAAUCUAUUUUUCCUUUUUACAUGGAGACUUUCUAUUAUGUUACAUUCUAAAAGGAUGUGUAAUCCACAAAAUUUAAGACCAUUUUUUUCUUUU